AUGCAGGUAUCCUCGGCCAAAUCAUGGCUCGACUCCGGGCUCGAGGCGGACACUCUCAUCGGUCACAGCUUCGGUCAACUAUCUGCCCUAUGUGUUGCAGAUUCAUUCUCCCAGGAAGACAGUUCUGGCCUGUUGCUGGUCGAGUCUGAUCCGGCUGAUGUAAAGGAGAUGGUAAAUCGAAUCAACUCGACAGCUAAUGUCGCGUGGAUGUGGCCUGCUAUAACGGACAUGGCCCAGCCUAUCACGAUCCGACCACUAGGCAUCCCAGUCGAGACAUGUUCCUCCAGCACUAGCUGGACCUCGUUCACAGGCAAGGCAAUUGUCGAACAUACCACACAGCCUGUAUACUUCUACGAUACCGUGAAACGCAUCGCGACCCGUCUGCCAUCUGCCGUGUGGCUUGAAGUCGGAUCUGCUUCCCGGAUCAUUGAUAUGGCUCAUCAUAUUUUGACCCAGUCAGGCAAGCCGCACAUUCUUGCUAAUUGA